AUGCUAACGCAACCACGAAGAAUUGAAUUGAAGAUCAUCAGCGAGAUCUACAAAUACGUUCGUUCGUUCAGUGCUGAUGUCAUCAGGUGUAGAAAGGAUGGCGGAUGCGAAACAACAACGGCAGUUCUGUCACGUGAUGUCUCCGGUAGUGACGACAGCCCGAGAAUCGCUGUUUUCUAUUUAUCUAAGUUGAAAGAGAUUAUCACUUUCCUGAAUCCGAAAGAUCUUGAUGACUAUCUAUCAUUGACUGUGAGUAUACACAAACUAGGGCGACAGGAGUCACUCGAGGCGGAGAUGUGGAUAUUUUACAACACAGAAGACGACCUUUUGCCCCAAUCUAAAUUUCCACCCGAUUAUUCAGUGUCUAACUUCGACGGGAUACAGUCGGGUAAAAAAACAAUCAAAAUGGCGGAUAAGUUGCAAAAGUCACCACGAAAUCUAAAGCGUGUUUCCAGAGGACGCAGGAGAGAUCUUUAUCGCUCCAUACAAGCGGUGAAGAAUGAGUUUUCCAACUUUACGCUAAGUCUUAUCCGUGCCAGUGAAACUGUCAAAACGUCAGACUAUUGCAGGCGCCAAAUACACAUGGUCGAUUUAAGAAAUGUUUUCAACGAUACCUUCUCCUCAACUGCGAUGGUUGACAUAGGGCGUUGUAGCGGAAAAUGUAACAUCAUUCCCAGCCCCACUCUCAUUUCUAUGAACGCCAUGAUGAGAAACAGGAACGCUUGGAAAAGUCAAAGUAACGAGUUUGAGGGACAGUUAUGCUGUGUUCCUGUAGUACUAGAUAGUUUCCACGUUAUUACCAUCAAAGGACAAUGGCCAUCUAGGCACAUUCUCAACGCUAAUGUUACUCAAUGUGGCUGCCUAUGAAAAGACAAACUGCGUUGGAAUUGUACAAUCAAAUCGUCAAGUUGAUUGAACAGUUGCCCCGUGUUCCUGUAUAGCUGACGC